CAGGGCUGUGUGUGUGUGUUAAAGCAGUGGGAGGUCUGGGUUGUGGUGUUUGGGCUGUGGUGAACUUAGUUUUGAUUAGUUUGUUUAGUGGGUCUGUUCUGUAGUUCUAUAAUGAGGAUUAAUUAAUUAAUUAGUUGAUUAAUCAGCGCUGAUGAUCAGCUGGAGAUGGCGGGGUCUCUGAUGUCUCUGAAGGCCGGUCCGUCUCCCCCGGCUUUACCGAGACCCGAGAGCCGCCGGAGACCGAGCCGCUCCCCCGGGUCCGCAGAGCGGGAGAGCCGCCAGGCAGUGAUUGCUGAACUCCCUGAACUCUCAGAUGUAAAGGAGACAUCACCUCUGAGUGACCGAGCCCAGAUGCAAAUGCUGCCCCUUCAGAGCGACCUAAUACCAGACGAGCUCCUCGCCACCCUCACCUCAACUGUCGGCACGCAAGGCCGACUGGGACCACCCAAUCUAUCUAAAACCCCCAAACACUUAAAGGUUUGUGGAGCACGUGCACCAGAUCCAGUGUGGCACUAUUCUGUUGCCCGCAAAAAAUACCAGUACCUGCUUGACCAGCCCACGUCAGUGACCGGAGCUGGCAGGGACAUAUCAUUUCUCUGUGAUGCGCUGGCAGGACAGAAGCAGAGAAUCCACCUCCCACCUAUGACUGACAGGGGCAGCAUCCAAUCACAUGAUGUCCUGAAGGACUCAAAUUCUAUUGGGACAUUAAUUCCUGAAGAAUAUCACCUUGUAAAACAUAAAGGAUUAAGGGGACUGCAGUGUUAUGAUGAAAAAUUCACUGUCUUGUUGAAGGACGAUGAAAAUAAGUUUAAGAUCUUUCCAUCGAUGAAGCCCAGUGGACGCUUGGAGGCGGUUCAGUUAAUGAGGGUGAUGGAUGAUAUGCUGGAGAAAGCUGGUGUCAGUCAGGAGUUUGAGGAGCUCACAGGCCUGUCACAGAUGCAUGGUCUGCUGGAACUGGUCCGGGUGGAGCAGAACAUUUUCAACAUUGUGUUUCAUGAGCUGAUCCGGCAGGUGAGCGUGGAGUGUGCUGAAAGAGGUCAGCUGCUCGCCAAGCUCAGGCAGCGAUAUGUUGCUCUGCUGGACCGCAUUCCCCGCCAACUGAAGGGCCUGCAUACUGAGAACCUGGCACAGAGAGCUCUGGACCGCAGGCUGAUGGAGGAGAUCAUCUGCUUCAAGCACUCCAUCACACAUCUUAAUGAGGAGCUAAGUAAACUGAGGGAGCAUGAUGAUCACGUGUCCAGCCAAGCAGAGAAGGCCCAGGAGGAGCUGGCCAAAGCACUAGAGCAAUCACGACACAAAUCUGAUAUGGUUGAGGAGUACCACAAACUGUAUGAGAUGCAGAGGAAAAGACUGGAGGGACAGGUGGCCACGCUGACUGAGGAGAGGGACUUAUGGAGCAAGAUCACCUACAGCAUCGCCCUCAAGGUUAUCAAGUUAAAAAACCUGCAGCUGGUCAGCAGGCUUCAUGUUAGUGAGCAGACAUGGAGCAGAACUGCAGAUCACUUCACCAGAUUUUUGACAACAAAGGACUCUGAAGACCUGAACCACAUCAUGCAGCUGACAGAUCAGUGGAGAGAGCAUCUUACCAGCUUCAUGAAGAAGCUGAAAGAGAUUGAGAGAAACCAGUGUGAGGUCAUCAGGACCAUUCAGAGUGGCAUUGCAAAGUGGCACAAGUUCUGUGAGGAUAAUAUCAGGAACCCAGAUAUGAAAAAUGAGAAGGAGCCAGAAGGGGAGUUGUGUGAGGACUUGAAGCAGUGGUCAACGGAGUUGACAAGGGUGUGUGAACGCUAUGGAGGCGAGGACCUUCUUUCUUUUCAGGAGAUUCUCAACACACUAACAGAGCUGCAGGCAGCAUGGGUGGAGGUGUUUCUGAAGCUGUUUAGGGGACAUCUAGGCCCAGACAGAGAACCUCCUCAGGGUCAGGCGACCAUGAGAGAGCUGAGUGGAGCUGUCACUGAGCUCCACAAGCAGCUGGGUACCCGUGUCAAUGGGGAGAGUGGCAUUCAUAAACAGUUGAUAUCUCUUGGUGGAGCAAUGGAGUUAUGGACCAACAAACUGCAGUCCCUAAUUGGUCGAAAUGAAAUGCUGCCAGCCACUGAUUGGUUGGAGCUAGAGAUGGCCCUGGGGAGCUGGGUGAGAUUGUCUGAGAAGGCCCUGCUGAAUGUAGACAGCACUCAGCCUGAGAGUGAGAAGAUCAAGCAGACUCCUCACACAAAGAUUGAAGUGGAUGAGGUCUUCAGCACACUGAGGGACUUCCUCUCCUCUCAGAACAACUUCUUCGACUAUGAAAACCUGACGCUGUGUGAAGAGGUCAGUUCCAUGCAUGUGCUGCUGACCCGCUGGAUGGUGGAUUUGCUGCUACAGAUGGUUCCAGAUCGUCGUGAUGACCAGGAGCCACCUCUUCCAACAGACACAGAAUUAAGCAUCUUCAAGGACGUGUCUCUUCAGAAGCUUGAAGAAGAUGCGAAGAAUCUCUCCCAGAAAUUGUACUAUUUCUCCAAAUACAUCACAGGCUCUUGUCAGGCCAUUGUGGAGGAGGAGAUCCAGAAGAACAUAACUCAUGAUGACAAGGAGAAUGAACUGUUCCAUCUCUCCAAGAUUCAGAGGGAGUGUGCCGAGUGGGUGGAGGUGUGUCAGAUCCUGCUGUCUGAUAUAACGGGACACCCUGUGGAGCUGCAGCGGACUGACAGAUCUGUGCCUCAGUCUGGCUCUGACAUCCUCUUAACUCCGCCCAGCGUGGAAUCUGUGGUGGAUGAUCAUACUGAAACAGAGCUACCAGCAGAGGGUGAGGAAGAGCAGGAAGAGGAGCAGGCAGCUGUGAAAGCAGGCAGACAGCUUCCUCCGCAUGAGAAAACGAAUCAGCAGGUGGAGGAGCAAAGCAAAGAGGUCACAGAAGACAAUAAGGAAGGUUCAGAAUUAAAGAUGAUCGGUUAUGAUGGACAAAUUAUUGAUCAGACUUUGGGCGAGGAGACUCUGCAGCUCACCGGGACUGAUGACCUUGUGGUGUGGCCACACACUGAGAAUGCCCAGCAAGCCUUCAACGCUCUGGCUACUGUAGGGGUUCUUCAGCAGGAGCUUCUAGCUGUGGAGGCUCGUGCAGUCAGCGCUGAGGAGAGAGCUCUGAUGGCAGAGGAAGCUCUACAGGCUGCUCUGGAAAGGAUUCGUGUCUUAGAGAGACAGUAUCAAAAGCCCAGCCCAGAAACCAAGGGGAGAAAGAAGUCUGUAACUCCAGACACCAAAGCGGCGACCAAUCCUGAACCCAGAGAGGUGAACCAGAAGCCGUCCCCCAGCCCUAAACUGACAGCAAAAGGCAGCAAGAAACGCUAAACCAGCAGAUAUAUGCCCUGCUUGCCUGGAGGGCAGUGUGUAGAUGUUAAAGUAUUAUUUAUAAUAGAAUAAUACAAAUAAAUAAUACAAAUAAAAACAAAA